AAAAAAGAUAGCACGACUAUGCUUUUAGUUAGACUCGGAAGUGCGAGAUAGGGGUGGUUGGCAUAUGCAUUGCGCCUUUAAAUCGACGAUCAUGCCCGGGUUCCUUCAUCUUGAUCAACACUUCUCCUAAACACUUGGUGUGGAACUUACUGAUCUUUCAGAAGUUCAAAUAUUCAACUCGCCACCAUGGUUGCCAUUUCCGUUCUCACUUUGGGAGCUUUGUUCGCACAGGCGUGGGCUAUGCCCGCUGCCACAGAGAGUGCCGUUGUGAGCGCUGCGACUCCCACCGCUGCCUCCACCUCCCUGCCGGUCGCUGAGUCCCAGCUUGACAACUUGGCUGGAUUGGCAUACGACAGCAGCAUCGAGAGUGUCUCGAGCGACUCGGACAUUGAGAAGCGCGGUGGUUGUUCGUUGAGCAGUCUGCGCAUUCGUCGCGAUUGGAGGACUUUCUCUAGCACCCAGAAGAAGUCCUACAUCAAGUCCAUCCUUUGUCUCCAGAAGUUGCCCUCGCUCACCCCCUCCGAUAAGGCCCCUGGUGCGCGGUCCCGCUACGAUGAUUUCGUCGCUACUCACAUCAACCAGACCACGAGCAUCCACUACACUGGAACCUUCCUGGCGUGGCACCGGUACUACAUCUGGAACUUCGAGGAAGCCAUGCGCAACGAGUGUGGCUACACUGGCGACUACCCUUACUGGAACUGGGGCGCCGACGCCACCAACCUGGAAAAAUCUCAAGUCUUCGACGGCAGCGAGACCUCAAUGUCCGGCAACGGUGCCUACGUCGAAUCCGUCGGCGACAUCCAGCUGAGCCUGGGUACCUACCCUGUGAUCAACCUUCCCACCGGCACGGGAGGUGGGUGCGUCACCAGCGGCCCCUUCAAAGACUACUCCGUCAACCUGGGCCCGGUCGCGCUGAUGCUGCCCGGAGGUGAAACCGAAAGCACCGCCAACCCGCUCGCAUACAACCCGCGCUGCCUGAAGCGCGAUCUGAGCACCAAGAUCGUCCAGGACUACGCUAACUUCACCGCGAUCGUGGACCUGAUCCUGCGCCAUGAUAACGUCUACGACUUCCAGAUGAACAUGCAGGGUGUUCCCGGCAGCGGAAACAUCGGCGUUCACGGUGGUGGUCACUAUUCCAUGGGCGGUGAUCCUUCCCGUGAUGUCUUUGUUAGCCCUGGUGACCCUGCUUUCUGGCUCCACCACGGUAUGAUUGAUCGUACCUGGUGGAUCUGGCAGAACUUGAACCUCAGGAAGCGUCUGAAUGCUAUUUCUGGCACGGCGACUUUCUUGAAUGGCCCUCCAUCGGCUAACACUACCCUUGACACGCUCAUUGAUAUUGGUUAUGCUGGUGGUGAGACUAUUGCUAUGCGGGAUCUCAUGAGUACCGUCUCUGGUCCUUUCUGCUACAUCUACCUGUAAACGGUGAUGGUUAGUUAUUGGCUGUCUAUACCCACACCACUGGAAUAUGGAUUGGACGCUUGGAAGAUGACAUGAAUAAACGGAGUGGGAGGAGUCAUAUCACCAUAUAGAAGAUAAAUCGUACAUAAUCCAUGAUUUAGAUCUCGAGAAGUGAGUCUUCAAAUGCUCGGAAAGGGAAGAAACUUACAUCUCUACGCAGA